AUGGGCGGCCCGGGGCUUGCGGUCCACGAUCAACGAACGUUCGGAACUGGCGCCCAGAACCUUGUCGGUCGAGGUGCGAUUUCAGGUCGCUGGGCGCAUGGCAGUGCAUCUUCGGGACGCCUGUUUGCCCAAGGUGUUCAGCAUGCCCGAGAGCGCAGGUGCUCAAGCUCAGGUACCGAGUGUCUCACUGGGGAUAUUCCGGCUGCUGCUGCCCUCAAGGGACCCCGCCACCCGGCCAAGCGGGCAAAGUCGCUUCCACGUCCCCGCCAUGCCCCGCCAGAGAACGCCGGAGGCUCCUUCACUGAGAUGUCUUUGAGGUACAUGCCGUGGCAGCAGGGCAAGAGGCACGUUGGUCACGAGAGCGUGCGAGACGCUUACGAGCAGACGCCGGACAAGAAUGGCACCAACGAAAGGUCUCAAUCGCUUCGUACUAGUGCUGGGAACACGGACAUCAUUGCAUUGAUUCAUUAA